CACCAAGGACUCCCAUCUGUACGGCUAUAAGCUGCGUACGAAUAAUAUAUAAUAAUACAAAUAAAAACAAACGGGGGAUUUAAACGCAAACGCAGCUCAAGCAUCCAAGAGCGAGCUCGAAAAUGAUGGCCGGCGGAGCAGUACAGCAAAACGGGAUUUUCUCAAAUCCUCACCAUCACAACCAACCACCGCACAUGGAGUCCGAUCCCCCGGACUCGCGCAAAAGACCCCUGGAGACUCCGACGGAGGCCAGCAGCACCAAACGCACAAACACAGGAGUGGCCUUCCUGCAGCCCCUAUUUGAAACUGAAGGCAAUGUAUUCCCUCACCAAGACACUGAGACUCAUGAGGAAGGCGAGUACUUCCUGAAGGUUUUGAUUCCCAGCUAUGCGGCCGGCUCCAUCAUCGGCAAGGGAGGUCAGACCAUCGUCCAGCUGCAGAAAGAGACCGGAGCCACCAUCAAACUGUCCAAAUCCAAAGACUUCUACCCGGGAACGACAGAGCGCGUGUGUCUGAUCCAGGGCACGGUGGAGGCGCUGAACGGCGUCCACGACUUCAUCGCUGAGAAGGUGAGGGAGAUGCCUCAAAGCACCCAGAAGUCAGAGCCGGUCAGCAUCCUGCAGCCACAGACCACCGUCAACCCUGACCGAGUCAAACAGUCCAAGCUGAUCGUCCCCAACAGCACAGCAGGGCUGAUCAUCGGCAAAGGUGGUGCGACAGUCAAGGCGGUGAUGGAGCAGUCCGGGGCGUGGGUGCAGCUAUCCCAAAAGCCCGAGGGCAUCAACUUGCAGGAGCGUGUGGUCACCAUCAGCGGGGAGCCGGAGCAGAACCGCAAAGCCGUGGAGAUCAUUGUCCAGAAGAUCCAAGAAGACCCGCAGAGCUCCUCCUGCCUCAACAUCUCCUACUCCAACAUCACAGGGCCUGUCGCCAACUCCAACCCCACCGGCUCCCCAUACGCCAACUCGACCGAGGUCAUGCCGUCCGCGGCGGCUGCUGCGGCAGCCACGGCUUCCUCUCUGCUCGGCCAGGCAAGCCUGGCUGGGGUGGGGGCCUUCCCGACCGCUAUGUCCAGCUUCUCAGGCAACGACCUGCUGGCGAUCACCUCCGCCCUCAACACCCUGGCCAACUACGGCUACAACACCAACUCCCUGGGCCUAGGGCUGAAUCCCGCUGCAGCCUCAGGGGUGUUAGCCGCUGUAGCGGCCAAUGCUAACCCGGCAGCAGCCGCCGCGGCUAAUCUGUUAGCAUCCUACGCCAGUGAUGCAUCCACCAGCGUACCUCACCCAGCCAGUCUCGGAGGAUUCACCCUGGGAUCCCUAGCAGCCGCUACAGGGGUCACCAAUGGCUACUUAAGCGCUGCGUCGCCCCUUGUGGCGUCAUCUCUAAUGGCCUCAGAGAAGCUAGCAGAAGGAGCAAAGGAAGUGGUCGAGAUCGCCGUGCCGGAAAACCUGGUAGGAGCCAUCUUGGGGAAAGGAGGGAAGACGCUAGUGGAGUACCAGGAGCUGACUGGUGCCAGGAUCCAGAUCUCCAAGAAAGGCGAGUUCAUCCCUGGAACUCGGAACAGGAAGGUGACUAUCACGGGUUCCCAGGCCGCCACGCAGGCUGCACAGUACCUGAUCAGCCAGCGAAUCACCUAUGAGCAGGGGGUACGUGCCACCAACCCACAGAAGGUGGGCUAAACCAGACAGCCAAUGAGAAACAAGGAGGAAAAGAGGAAAAAAAUAAAAGAGUGGGGGCUUGGGGGAGGAGUAUAAAAAUAAGUGAGAAUGAGAAUGGAAAAAAGGAGAGGAGAGCAAGAAUGUCAGAAGGAAUCGUCCGCGCUGUUUUCUUCUGCGUGUUUUCAGUAUUCUCUAUUUAAAAAAAAAGAUAUUUUGACGCAAAGCAAAAAUGUGCUGAGAAGACGAGGAGGGAGAGGAGCGAGUUAUCACGCUGAAAAAACCAAGAAAAAAAUUGUGUAACAUGUAAAUAAGGUUUUUAUUACUUAAUGUCUUGACCAUUUCGGAAUUUUUUUAUUGUUUGGUUUCAUUGUUUGGUUUAGUAAAUUAAGCUGUCUGUUUGUUCGUUUGUGUAUUGUGUGGACAAAGCUGA